AUGUCUCUCCCACCUACCGUCCGUCGACUAGUUACCGGCCACAAUGAGAAGGGAGAAGCUAUCUUCGACUCAGACUGCCAACUUUGUCCGUACAACCCCAUGGCGCCUGGCGCUCCUGAGCCUGCCAAAGAGGGGGAGAUGGGCUUCAUUACCGUCUUCCGCACUGCCGGUAUCCCUGAUGACAACACAAGCCCAUGGGUUGACAUGCAUAACAAGAUUGUCAACCUGGUCGAGAAGGACAAUGUGACGUUGCGAAUCGUCGAUUUUGCGCCAGGCCUUCCCGGCUUAAUGCAUCGAACCAUUAGUGUGGACUUCGGCAUCGUCCUGAAUGGCGAGAUUGAGCUGGAACUGGACAAUGGCGUUACCAGGGUUAUGAAGCAGCAUGAUAUCGUGGUGCAGAGGGGUACCAUCCAUUCGUGGAAUAACAAGGGAUCAGAAACCGUGCGAAUGCUCUUUGUUCUUCUCCCAGCCGACCCGGUCAAGGUGGGCGAUAAGGAAUUGCCGGAUACUCCUCUACCUGCUCCCUUUUUAAAAGAUGCUGAUGAGCAGUAA